UGGACUUGAUGAUCUCAGAGGUCUUUUCCAACCCGGUGGAUUCUGUGUAUUCAUAGGCAUUGACCUUUUUGUAAGUGUUCAUCCCUGCUCUGAGUUUUCUUUUAUUCUUACUGCAUAACUGCCUGGUCUAUUACUCUUUUUUUCAUUCUAUGUAGUUAUUUUCAGUUCACUGUAAAUGCUUUAACACCACUGUUAAGUAUUCAAAGAUGUGUAAACUAGCUUCCUUUAAUUUUAUACUGCCCUGGAAUGUAAAUGUGGAGGAAAUGAGUAAAAGUAAAACGAAAUUGAAUUGGUUUCAUGCACUCAUUGCAGGGGAAGAUUUAAAUCUCACAAUACGUGGUUGAAUUGUUUGACAAUGAAGAGAGCAGUAGCCUGAUAACAUUUUCCCUCAUAAGUAUUUUAUGAGCUGUCACAUCCUCAUUGCUCUGUACUUCUGUGCCCAGUGAUGAGAUUUUCCGAUCUGUGAAAAAUUCUGGCAUUUAAGGCAUUUCUUUAUUUUGUAUUAGAGAAUAUGUCAAUAACCUCAAAUUGUUAAAUAGUCCCGCGCGACGCCUCUUCCGCUCUCUUCUCCGACGGCUUCUGCCAGGGCGGGAGGAGGCGGGUGGGCCCGAGAAACACCAGCUCCUCCGUACCAAGGCAACCCGCACCCCACGCCCCCGGAGGCACAUCUCCAAGCCCCUCCCCGCCCCCCCACAGGCCCCCCCACUUCCACCAAACUCUCCAAGCUUCACUUGGACUCACCACGGCGACGCACGGCGCAGUCCCAGCCGCUGCGGGGAGCCGGGCCCUCUGGGCAAAGGCAGCUGGGCAUGCGAAGCAGCGGCCAAAGAGCCUGCCGCCCUGCUUACAGGGGGCUCCGGCUGCUGCCUGGACCACAGAGCGCCUGGGACACCAGGGCACCGGCCCCGACUUACAGGGGGGCCCUGGGCCCAAAGGCCCAAAGUUCGCGCGAGUUAUUUACACCUCCUCUGUACAAACAACGCUACCAGUUCGUCAAAGAUUUAGUGGAGAAAUACAAACCUAAGAAGGUGGCAGAUUUAGGAUGUGCUGACUGCAGGCUUCUCUGGAUGCUGAAAUUCUGCAGUUGCAUUGAAGUGUUAGCUGGGCUAGAUAUCUCUGCAAGUGUAAUGGAAGAGAAAAUGCAUACGUUGUCUCCUCUUCCUUUUGAUUAUUUGCAACCAUCUGAAAGAUCCCUAACUGUUACCUUGCAUCAUGGUUCAGUGGCCCAUAAAGAUCCUUGCAUGCUUGGUUUUGACUUGGUGACAUGUAUUGAACUAAUAGAACACCUGGAAGAAUCAGAGCUGAAGAAAUUUCCUGAAGUGGUGUUUGGUUUCAUGGCUCCAAGCAUGGUUGUGAUCAGUACUCCAAAUUCUGAAUUUAACCCUUUGCUUCCAGGAGUGGUGUUGAAUAGGCAUCCAGAUCACAAAUUUGAGUGGAACCAAGCGCAAUUUCAAAGCUGGGCUCUGGAGGCUGCUAGAUGCUAUGAUUACUCCGUGGAAUUUACUGGUGUAGGGCACCCACCAAAAGGAAUGGAGAAUGUUGGGUUUUGUACCCAAAUAGGUGUGUUUGUUAGAAAAUAUCCUCGAUCUGGUGGAUCUGUUCAGUAUGAGAAACCCACUGAAGCAGUUUACAAAACAGUCUUCAAAGCAGUGUAUCCAAGUCUGAAAGAUGAGAAGUACUUGCAGAAUGCAGUUGUCAGUGAAGUUAUUUUCACAGCCCAAAACAUUAAGCACCAUUUAAUGUCAAAACAUGAGGAGUGUGAUGAUGAUCCUGAAAGAAAAUCUGAAUUCCAGCCUUCAGUCAGCUCUUUUUCAGACUAUCUUGGAAAACUGGUUGUUGAUAAAGCCAUGGAACCAUUUGUCAAUGGAAAUGAGGUCUGUAUACCUCUUGCAGCAAUCUUUUCUUUUCCCAAAGUGAAUCAACUGUGUGGUACCUUUGAGAAGUUAUGCAAACUCAUUGCUGGCAAGGUCACACUGAGCAGUGAUGGUUCUGCUGUGGUGUUCAAUACUGAACAUGAAACUGAGGAGGAUUAGAUCACAGAUUUCUUAUGCAAAAUUCAGUUAAAGUAAUUAAAGUGGUUUUUUAGUAGCUGUCAAAUGGUGUGUGCUGUAUGCUAACCAGAACACACAAUCUUUUCUAAACCUCCCCUCGGUGGUUAGCACCUCUCUCUUAUGGAGCAAAGACAAAAACAGCAGUAACUCACAGGGGUUUCAAGCAGACUAUCAAGAGGGUAAAAGGAAAUAAUUAAUUCCCAUGAAGAAAAUGAAAUAUUUCUGUUUGCUUUCUAUUACCUUAUUGUAGCUAUCAUUACUAGAUUAUUUUUAGUAAUCUCUUGUUAGCUCCCAGAGUAGUUGAUGAUAACAUGAAUUAUGUUGUUGUGCUGAAUAAUGUGAGUCAAACAUUGGAUUAAGGCAAGUUUUUUCUUACUAGAAUGAAAUUUAUAGGUGCUUUCUUCAAGAUGAGCACGUCCUCAGCCUUGAUGAAAACCAAAUGUUGUUCCAGAUGAAUGGAAAUAUGAAAGUGGUAUUGUUGACUGUUCUUUUUUUUAAAGAAAAAAAAUUUAAGAAGUGCUAUACUUGUGAAUGCUAAUCUAACCCUGGUGUACCUGAAAAUUUUCUGUGUUUUCAUGUGCAGCUGUUAUUCAAAACUGUAAAAUCCAAAUAGAAUAAAUGAAAAAAACUUCAAGAGCAAUCCAUACCCCAGUAAUGGUUUUGCCUUGGUAUAGUAGUUGUGUGUAUGCAGCAGUGGUAUAUAAGUGGGGCUUGUUUUCAGUCAUGAGAUGUUUUCCUUCUAUAUUAGAAAAAGAUCUUGUGUCUAAAUGACACAUUUUCCUUAUAACAUACAUGUUGCUAAAACAGUGUGAAAACACAGUAGUAGAAAAAGCAAAACAUUUUAAAAAAGAAAUAAUUAACUGGAAAAUUUUUUUGCUGAUGAGACUUGCCAUUUAUUCUAUAAGGAACCUGUUGACUCAUGAAACAAAGAGGAAAGACAACAACCACAAAAGAAAUUCUAGGAUAUUCUGGUGAAGUUUUGGAAAAAAUUGUCUUCCUUUUUGACUGAAGUUAGUUAUAUGUGGUACAGUUAAUUCUCUUAAUCCUUACUCUUCAAAUAAUUGGUUACUGAACUGAUCUGAGUGCCAAAUAGUUUGUACUAUAAUUAGCUCCAAUUUUCACCAAUCUAGAUUUUUUUCUUAAUUUAAGAACAGAUACUCAGUACGGUACCAGAAAGCUUGGUUAUUUUGAAUGCAUAAAUGAGAAAAGAAAUACAUACCACAGUUAGUUUUUUAAAAAAAUAAGAAGGUAAUUUAUAAAGUUAUAGAAACCAUAUGAAAAGUUUUUAGUAGGUCAUUAUACUCAACUGAGGAGGAUUAAUUUUGUCAUUUGCAAGGUGGGCAGGGACUACACCCAGUGCCCUCACUUUGCCCAAGUACUGCUAGUUGUGGAGUUUGCUUAAUAAAUUAACCUCCCAGUAUGCCUGCCACAUUAAAACUGAUUUUUUUCUUUGUGUAAGACUGACAUACUACUUUUCCUCUCCAGGAGGCAGAUAAAUAACUGUACUAGUAACAGUGCCAUUAAAUACUUUGUGGACUGGAGAGGGAGUUUAAUAAGCUGCAGGGGUAAAGUUUGAAAAGAGUAGAGAAACUGAAAUGGACACAAACUUCCAUUUAAGUUUGUAAUUUUUUGCAUUUAAAAAAAAAAGACAUAAUUGUUUAGGAACAGAUUCCAAGCUGAAGACAUGAGUUUAUUGAAUGUCUGAGAGAUUUGCAUUUAAAUACAGUAAAAAAACCCCCAUAACCCACCCACACAUCCUGAACAGUUUACUAUAUAGAAGUCUCCAGUAUUUCUAUAACACAGUUUACAAAAAGGAAAAUACAACACCUAAAUAUGAAGGUUAUAUUCCACUUAAAAUACACACAAUUAGAGAAUCACUUCAUGAAGAGCUGUAACUCAAGUCAGAAGAAUAAAUUACUAGGAUACAAUUUUAUUAAAAGUUGGAUUUCUAUGUCAACUUCCCUAAAACAUCUGCUCAGGCAAGAAAAUAAUUAUUUCUAGUAAAGAAAGUAUCUAAUCUAUGACAAUUAGCUGUGUCUUUUAACAUAAAACACAAAUCUGGGCUAUGGAAAUUCCCUUGAGAAUUACAUAAGUAGCUGUACAAUGUUUUUUAAAAGUCUGUUUUCCUCAAACUAUAUGUAGUUUUCCUCAAACUGUAUGUAGUUUUCCUAGUAAACUUAAGUGAGUUACCAUCUAGCUACUAAAGGUUUUAAUAGAUUUGUCAACAAGUGUAGUAAGAGUACUGAAAGCAAAUAAUGUAUUCAAAUAUACAAUGUUACGAGUUAGUUAUGUGACAGGAAAGGAAACUAUAAUGUUGUGACAGAUAAUUGUAUACUAGCAGUUGAGUAGUUUCUGUUUAAAAUUCCUGUGGAGAACAGAAAUGGAUAAUACCACACUUCUAUUAACAGCAGCUAGAAUGGAAUCUUUGCAUUAAUUCUUUUAAAGAGAUUAUAAUCAACAGUAGGAAAUAAAAGUAUUUAAGUACCGAAACUGAGAAAUUGCUCAUAUUCUUCAUAUUCAAUAACAGUACUCAAGCUUUAAAAUCUGAGAUUUCCUUAAAAAUACAAAUAAAAAUUAGUUUAAUAAUUCUGGUAUGGAUUUCUAGAAAACAGUCUGCUUUUUCAGAUUUAACCUAUUAAAUAUGGCCUACUUCUAUUUCAAUAAAAAGGUGUCAAACAUCACUCUGAGCAGAAUUUGAAGCAUUCUGAGCUUUCAAAAGUGACCACACUAUUUCUAUUUAUUCCAAGCCUUACUGAUAAACAGUACCACUAAACAUAAAAUUAAAGCCGUUUGCAGUUUACAAUUAAUUACACAUGUCACCUAACAUAUCCCUUCAAAAAUGGAUUCUUUCCUAUUCUCAGUGAAAAUUUAAAGAGAUCUUUCUUGCCUGUUGAGCAAGUCACUACUUGUGCAAAUUCAAAUACAGUACAUUGACUUUAAUGCAACAGUGGACAGAUAGUGAAGAAAGUUCAACAAAGAUGUUGCACACUAAAACUUUUUCAGAGUGCAGAGUAUGUCUACAAUAAAGUGCUUCUCUUAACAAGUUAUAAUAAUAAUAAUAGUAUAGAUGUUUACCUAGUUUUAAAGCUUAAAUCCUUAGUAAAUUCUUUAAUCUCCCUGUACGUCCCCAACCCCGCAAGGCACAUUCAAAACACAAGCAAAGCACUAACUGUGAAGGAUUAAGCUACAAUAAAAAAAUGUACGUGGUAGUAAACUACUGACUAGGUUUGUAAACAGUACCAUCCCAUUGAAUCUUAAUGUUCAUGCAUUGUUGGAGCGAGUUCCUGUGGAAGCAGCUUCUGUCCUCCAGAUAUAACAAUCAAGCCAGCUUUCUUGCUAAAACUCUACUGUGUCUUAGUGUUUUGAUGUGGAUUCCCACUUUUUUCAUCACUUGAACAAAAAACAUGUCACAUUUGAUGCAUUUAAACCUGUGAACUUGAUUUACAGUUAACACAAUUGAUUAUUGUCUGGUUUAGAUGUAUUUAGUUUAGUGGUGUUUUUUUUUUUAAAUGUGUGUGGAGUUCACUUCUGCCAUUCAACCUUACAAUAAAGUUGUGCUCAGUA